UGCGCUCAGCCUCCCCUGCGCCGCCGCCGAGGGUCCUGCCGUCCCAUCGCUCCCCAGGAGGGUGCUGGACCUCGCACCGCAGCGCCGCCGCCAGCCAGCGCCACCCCAGCACUGAGUCCCGAGAGCCGCGCGCCCCGCAGACACCGGCUCUCUAGCUAGCAUCUUCUCCAUUUCUGCCAUCUCUUUUCCUCUAACUCUUCAUCUCCCCAUCUCUCCAUCUCCCCUUUCUCCUCGCCCCCUUCCUACGGUCCUCUCACUCCCACCUGAGACCUCUCCUGUCCUUGGCUCCUCUUCAUCUUUGCUUUUCUGACUUCUCAGACAGCGGUCCUACUUGGUCCUGGGGACUUACUUGUGUUCCUCUCAGAAUCUUACUUUCUCCCGGCUCAUCCCGGGGUUAUCUGACCUUGGGACAAGGAAGGAUGGUUCCGGGGGUGAGAAUCCUCUCCUCUUUGCUGGGACUCCUGAUGUUCUGGUUCCCCUUGGACUCGCAAGCCCGAGCCCGCCCAGGCAAAGUCUGCCUUUUCGGUGAGAAGAUAUAUACUCCUGGCCAGAGCUGGCACCCCUACCUGGAACCACAAGGCACGAUAUACUGUGUGCGAUGUACCUGCACUGAGAUGGGCCAUGUGAAUUGUUACCGCCUCCGAUGCCCACGUCUCCACUGCUCACAGCCUGUGAUGGAGCCACAGCAGUGCUGCCCCAGGUGUGUGGAUCCUCAUCAACCCUCUGGGAUUCGGGCUCCCCUAAAAUCCUGCCAGCUCAAUGAGACCACAUACCAGCAUGGAGAGAUCUUCAGUGCUCAAGAGCUGAUCCCCACCCGCCUGUCCAACCAGUGUGUCCUCUGUAGCUGUAUUGAGGGCCACACCUACUGCGGUCUCAUGACCUGCCCGGAGCCCAGCUGCCCCACCCCACUCCCUCUGCCUGACUCCUGCUGUCAGACCUGCAAAGACAGGACAAACGAGAGCUCCACUGAAGACUUGACACAGCUGCAGCCUGGAGAGAGACAGGGUCCAUGCCCAGAGGAUGGAAAGAGGAGAGGCCCCAGCACCCCAGCCCCUACCAGCUUCAGCUCCCCUCUGGGCUUCAUCCCUCGCUACUUCCGACCAAUGGGAACCGGCAGCACUACUAUCAAGAUUAUCCUGAAGGAGAAGCAUAAGAAAGCUUGCACCCACAACGGGAAGACAUACUCCCAUGGGGAGGUGUGGCACCCUACUGUGCUCUCCUUCGGCCCCAUGCCCUGCAUCCUGUGCACAUGUGUGGAUGGCUACCAGGACUGCCAUCGUGUGACCUGCCCCACCCAAUAUCCCUGCAGUCAACCCAAGAAAGUGGCUGGGAAGUGCUGCAAGAUCUGCCCAGAGGAGGAAGCAGAUGCCGACCACAGUGAGGUCGCUUCCACCAAGUGUCCCAAGGUGCCAGGCCAGGUCUCUGUGUACACGCUGGUAUCCCCCAGCCCAGCUCCAAGCCCAGACAGCCUGCACCGCUUUGUCCUGGAGCAUGAAGCCUCUGACCAGGUAGAGAUCUACAUCUGGAAGCUAGUGAAAGGAAUCUUCCACUUGGUUCAGAUCAAGAGAGUCAGGAAGCAAGAUUUCCAGAAAGAGGCCCAGAACUUCCGGCUGCUCACUGGCACCCAUGAAGGUUACUGGACCAUCUUCCUAGCCCAGACUCCAGAGCUAAAAGUCACAGCCAGCCCAGACAAAGUGACCAAGACAUUAUAACAAGGACCUUAAACAGUUGCAGACAUUAGCUUUAUUGUUUUUGUUAUUAUAUAUUAAUAAAGAAGUUGCAUUACUGCCA